CAUGCUCGCUCACACCCGCACACACCUCAACUAGGAAAACAACACGGUCUUGCUCUUUUUUGGUCACUUUUGCUUCUAGGGAGAGAGGAAGCAAUGACUGUCAGGGUGUGGUUUUCUGCUCUCGGGCUGCUGGCCGGGCUCUGCUGCUUCAUUCUGGGGCCUGCCGAGGGUGGAAAAGUACUAGUUUUUCCCGUGGAUGGAAGUCACUGGCUGAGCAUGAAAAUCUUGGUGAAGGAGCUGACUCACAGAGGACACGAUGUGGUGGUUUUAGUGCCUGAAAGUGGAAUGCUGAUGGAGAACUCAGAGGGCUACCGGACUCAGUUUUUCCAAGUGCCCUACAACAAAUCUGAACUGGACAGGUCGUUUAAGCAGCUCCAGGGCAGCGUCUUUGUCAAGGCGCCGGCAUUCACAGACUUAUUUUUUAACGUAGAGCUUUUGGUCAAUUUUACGACAUUCCAGGCAAAAGGCUGUAGAAGUCUCCUCAGCCAGCCAUCUCUGAUGAGUCAGCUAAGGGAUGAAGGUUUCGAUCUGGUGCUGACAGACCCUUUCCUACCGUGCGGCUCCAUCCUGGCUCGUAUAUUUGGAAUCCCGGCUGUUUACUUCCUGCGCGGACUACCCUGUGACUUAGAUUCCAAAGCUAACCGCUGCCCUGUUCCUUUAUCUUACGUUCCCAGAUUCUACUCCGGUAACACAGAUGUCAUGACUUUCCCACAAAGGGUAAAAAACAAUUUAAUGGGGCUCGUGGAGUCUUAUUUGUGUGGGCUCAUGUAUGCCCACUUUGACGAUCUGGCCAGCGAGUUUGUGGAGGAAGGCAUGACCUAUAAGAAGUUGUUGAGCCACGGUGCUAUUUGGCUCUUGAGAUACGACUUUGUUUUUGAGUGGCCUAAACCCAUGCUGCCUAAUAUGUUUUUAAUUGGUGGUAUCAACUGUGCAAGGGAGAAGCCCCUGCCUGCAGAUUUGGAGGAGUUUGUGGAAGGGUCAGGUGAGGAUGGCUUUAUUGUUUUUACCCUGGGCUCCAUGGUUUCUAAUAUGCCAGAGCAGAAAGCGCUACAAUUCUUGGAUGCCUUUCGGCAGAUUCCCCAGAGGGUUUUAUGGCGAUAUACUGGAGUUCCACUAAAGAAUGUACCAAAGAAUGUUAAACUGAUGAAGUGGCUACCUCAAAAUGAUCUUUUAGCUCAUCCCAAGGCUAAAUUGUUCCUCACCCAUGGUGGGACCCAUGGUAUCUAUGAAAGCCUUUGCAACGGCGUCCCCAUGCUCAUGUUGCCACUGUUUGGGGACCAGGUGGACAAUGUUCACCGCAUGGUGGUGCGUGGUGUUGCUGAGAGGCUCAGCAUGCACGAUGUGACGACAGAAAAACUGCUGGUGGCUCUGGAUAAUGUCAUCAACAACAAAAGGUACAAAGAGAAAAUGGAAAAACUGUCAGCAAUCCACCUCGAUCGCCCAAUUCCACCUUUGGAUCUGGCAGUUUUCUGGACCGAGUUUGUCAUGAGGCACAAAGGAGCCGCACAUCUACGUGUAGCCGCACACGAGCUCAACUGGUUCCAGUAUCACAGCCUGGAUGUCAUUGGCUUCCUGCUUGCUGUGGUUGCAACUACGCUGUACGUGACUCUCAGAUGCUGCUUGUUCUUUACCCGCAAAGUUUGCACAAAGGUGACUGUGAAGAGGAAAUCAGAGUAAAACCUCUGAGAUGGAUUUACCAUAAAUAUUAUGUACUGAUCUAUAAAUGUUUUAAUGUGUGAAUUAAUGAAUAUGUGUGUGUGUCUGGGGUAACAGUCCUAAUUUUAAGUUGAUCGCUGAAAAAAUUAAACUAUUUUUGACUAAAUGGCAAAGUUUCAUCGGUGUAUGUGCUGUAUAUUUUUGUAAGUACUGUCAUAUAACGGGCCUUGUCUGUGACGGGGCCUAUUCCUAAACUGCCCCAGAACUUGAAUGAAGAUCAAGUUUUUAAAGAUUGUAGCUCUACUAUUUUGUUAAUUUAAAAAACUAACCUCAUAAAGACUGUGAAGACAUCAGAUUUUGGGUCAUGUAGGCAACAGUAUUAACAUUUGGCAUACAAAUGUGACCUACAUGACCAAUCGUCACAUUUUUAAAUGAUAAUCAUCAUGUUCUUACAUGAUUGUUAUCAUGAUUUGACAUGAUACCAUCAUGUAAAAAUGUUGUACUGGACUUUUUUUUUAUGGUUGCAGCGAUAUGCUUCACAAAUGUAUAUAAUUUCUAUGAAUAGAUAAAAUUCUAAAUUACAAACAAUGAAUGAAUUAAAUUAAAUUGAAUAAAAAUAAAAAUACAUUGUGCUUACGGCCCCAAUAUUACUUGUACGUUUUUAUUAUUUAAAUUUCAUACAAUUUAAAUGAGUGCCAAAAGAAUAAACAAAAAAAAAAAACAAAAAAAAAAAAACAUGAAUAUAGAAAGUUGCUCCAUUGUCUUCUGAAACUCUAAGUAUUUUAUGUGCAGCUUUAUUGGAUCACAAAUAGACCUACAGUACUUACAAAUCUAAUACAUAAUCUUCAUGACUAAAUGACAAAUGAAUUCCAUUUGCAGAACAAUAUGUUUGAUCUACUGUAAUAAUUACCUUAGUUGACCACUAUGCAUGUAGGAGGGCAAAUUUCAAACACUGGCAAAGUAUGAAAUUGUCACAUUAAAUUGAAACACAAAACCAUGCUACCAUGCUCAUCACUGAAAUUUUAGCUAUGCGCACCAGUGUUGUUUUCGUCAACGAUGACGUUAACAAAAAAAUUUAGUCAACGAACACUUUUUUCAUGACAAAGAUAAGACGAUAACAAGAUAAAUACAUGUUUUGGGAAAAAUAACGAGUCUAAUACCAGUUUAUGUCUGACAAGAACAAGACGAAAAUGCGCAAUGGUUUCCGUCACAUGUUCACAAUAUGUGAUAUUAUAUGCGAAGCUAACCUGCAUCGUAGCAGUGUCUGGUUGUGUCACUGAUGUGACGUGUUGGCCCCUGCCACUCACCAGUGCGGUGUCCUCUCCACUUUCAAGGCUUGCACACACGCACACUGUAAGAUUUGUUUUCUUAUAUUGGCCAGAAAGAAUAUGCAAUAAUAAUAAUAAUACAUUUUAUUUGUACAGCGCUUUUUUCCAAUGCUCAAAGACGCUUUACAGUAGGAACAAAAAAACAGCAAACAACGAGAACAGAACAAAACAAAACAAUAAAAAAAAUUAUUAUACAGUAUGUUAAAAGCUAGUUUAAAAAAGGUGAGUUUUUAACAGUUUUUUGAAUGUGGGAAGGUCAAAGCCUACACUGCUGGCCAAAAGUAUCGGCACCACUGCAUUUCUGUCAGAUAAUGCUUAAUUUCUCCCAGAAAAUGAUUGCAAUUACAAAUGCGUUGGUAGUAAUAUCUUCAUAGUUCACUUGCAAUGAAAAAAACACAAAAGAGAAAACUUAAAAAAAAAAAAAAAAAAAAAAGUAAUUUUACACAAAACUCAAAAAAUGGGCCGAACGAAAGUAUUGGCACCCUUUGACAAUUUGUGAUAUUUCUCUAAUUUGUGUAAUUAACAGCACCUGCUACUUAACUGUGGCUCAUAACAGGUGGUGGGAAUGACUAAAUCAUACUUGCAGCCAGUUAAAAUGGAUUAAAGUUGACUCAACCUCUUCCCUGUGUCCUUGUGUGUACCACAUUGAGCAUGGAGAAAUGAAAGAAGACCAAAGAACUGUCUGAGGACUUGAGAAGCAAAAUUGUGAGGAAGCAUGGGCAAUCUCAAGGCUACAAGUUGAUUUCCAAAGACUCGAAUGUUCCUGUGUCUACCGCGCGCAGUGUCAUCAGUAAGUGUAAAGCUCAUUGCACUUUUGCUAACCUCCCUAGAUGUGGAUGGAAAACAAAAAUUGACGAGAGAUUUCAACGAAAAAUUAUGCGGAUGGUGGAUAAAGAACCUCGACUAACAUCCAAAUAAGUUCAAGUUGUCCUGCAGUCCGAGGGUACAACAGUGUCAACCCGUACUAUCCGUCGGCAUCUGAAUGAAAAGGGACUCUAAGGUAGGAUACUCAGGAAGACCCCAGUUCUGACCCAGAGACAUAAAAAAGCCAAGCUGGAGUUUGCCAAACCUUCCCUGAGAAAGCCAAAAAUGUUUCAGAAGAAUGUUCUCUGGUCAGAUGUGACAGAAUUAUCAUUCUUGAUUCAGCUCAAGCUGUGUGCAGACACACUCUUGCGAGCUCCCACGAGCAACUUAUCUCAACCGAUAAGCGCUCAGGGCCAACUUAGGGCCAGCAAGCUCGACUCCCAGUAUGGCUCCAAAGAAUUUGAAAUCUGGAGAGUUGGAUGAAAUAAAAUCAUCCAUACAGAAAUUGGAGGACUCCUUGACUGGCUUGAUUCAAAGCCAGAAUCAAGAAAAUCAAAGGAGAACUCAAGAAAACGUCAGAGAGCUCCAGGUGUGCUGAAAACGAGAAACUCAAGCAGGCUGUCGAGGAGAGAGAUGUUCGCAUCAAAAGGCUGGAAAUUUUGGCUGACGAUCUCGACCAGUGCCGACGCGUAAAUGAGCUCAUCAUUUCGGGAUUACAACUGACGCCUAGCCUAGGUGAUACAGUGGCGCAACUGGCAAUCGCUAAGCUGAAAGAGUAUGGAAUAAACAUGGAACCGCUGGACAUCCGUCGCUGCUUUCUGCUCCCAUCUGGGGGGAGACGACCGGCGACGGUGCUCAUGAAGCUGGCAGACCACAAGACCAAGACUGCCCUGCUUAACUAGCGCCGCCACCUGAAAGGGUCGAAGAUUUUUUUGAAUGACAACUUGACUCGCCGAAAUGCCGAAAUUGCAAGAAAAGCACGUCAGCUCAAGAAAGCUGAGAAAAUAGCCAUUACCUGGGUCUCGGAUUGCAGGAUCCUUAUCAAGAUGCAAGAUAUGAUGAUUAAAGCUAUAAGGAGUCUUGAAGAGCUGACCCCAUUCGAAAAUUUAUGAUGACAUCUGAAGCCACACUUUAGCUUGAUCCGGACCACAACUUUUACAAUAGCAUGUUGGAUAACUGUAAAUACUACACAGCGGACCAGUUUAACAACUCCGUGGAUGGUAAACUGAAACUUAUCAACGGCAGGAGUCUCUACAAGAAUUUUGAACACAUUAAGGAUUAUCUACUAAAGAUAACAAAGGCUCUGACUUUAAUUUGCACGGAUAUAACAUGGCACAAAUGAAUCAGGCAUCGAAGGGGGCAGGGGGUGUUGCCUUGUUUGUUAAUGAAAAUUUUAGGUUUGAAAUCCUACAUGACAUGUGAAUUAGGAUUGACAAUCUCCUGGAAUGUAUUACAAUUGAGCUCCUUAUCCCCAUUUGUAAAAACAUAAUUAUCUGCUGUGUCUACCGAGCUCCUGAUUCAAAUGUCCAGCUUACUGAGUAUAUGGAAAAGAUACUGUUUAAAACAAAUAUUCUUUUGUUGUGGAGACAUUAAUCUUGUGAAAAAAUAUGUACAACAUGUUGUUUGAUUUUUCCUCACACAUUCAUGUCUGAUGAAACUGUUACAGUGAUCUUUGUGUGCGGCAAUUGUUGCCACCAUGUACACCUUAAGAAUGUACCCUUUAAAGAGACUUAGCAUUUUGAGUCGCUACUCACAUCAGCUGUGAUACACAUAACACUUUUGCCACACACAUAGCCACAACAAAAUGUUCCCACAACAAAUAGAUGCUAGAAUGUCAGGGACAAUGACAAAGCCAUAACCUUGUACGCCCUGAAACUCAGACCACUAAGCCUGUGUACGAGACAGCUAAGUGAUCAACAACCGCAAUGGAGCUGCAUGACUGGACGCUGAGUUACGAGAGAGCUGUGUGAUCAACAACCGCAAUGGAGCUGCUUGACUGGACGCUGAGUUAUUGUAAACCCAGAUUGUUGUUUGUGUUAUUGUACAGUUUGUGGCCAUGUGAUGUAUGUAACUGUACCAUGUCUGAUUGUGCGUCUUUAGCUGUAUGGGGGGACGGGAAACUGAUAAGCAUAUGCUUCCUCACGUCUGCCUUUGUCUUUUUCCUCGGUUCUUUCUUCCUUCGGGCAAAUCAUAUCACAUUUUGUAAUUGUCAAUGAUUGUAAAUGAUACAGAUGAUGAUGACAAUAAAUAAA